AUGGACAGGGAAAACCAAACCGGCAUCUCAGGAUUCCUCCUCCUGGGACUGUCCGACCGGGCGGAGCAACAGCAGCUCCUCUUCAUGCUGUUCCUCUGGAUGUACCUGCUCGGGGUCCUGGGGAGCCUGCUCAUCAUCCUGGUUAUCAAAUCUGACCCGCACCUGCACAAGCCCAUGUACUUCUUCCUCACCAACCUCUCCCUGGCCGACAUCUGUUUCCUGUCCACCACAAUCCCCAAGAUGCUGGUCAACAUUCAGACCCACAAUAAAUCCAUAUCCUAUGCUGGGUGCCUGGCGCAAAUGUAUUUCUUCAUUCUGUUCGGAACUCUGGACCACUUUCUCCUCACUGGAAUGGCUUAUGACCGCUAUGUGGCUUUAUGCCACCCACUCCACUACACCACCUUCAUGGGCCCACGGCUCUGUGCUCUGAUGGUAGCUGGGUCCUGGAUUAUCAGCAGUCUCCAUGCUCUGACACAUACUUUAAUGCUAACUCUGCUGGCCACAAGGGGAAACCAAACUGGUGUCUCCGAAUUCCUCCUCCUGGGACUGUCCAACCUGGCAGAGCAGCGGCAGCUCCUCUUCGUGCUUUUAAUCUGGUUGUACCUGUUUAGGGCUGGAAGCCUGCUCUUCCUCCUGGCCAUCAGCUCUGACCCACACCUGCACACCCCCAUGUACUUUUUCCUCACCAACCUCUCCCUGGCCGACAUCUGCUUCCUGUCCACCACGGUCCCCAAGAUGCUGGUCAACAUUCAGACCCACGACAAAUCCAUAUCCUAUGCUGGCUGCCUGGCACAAAUGUACAUCUUCAUUCUGUUCGCAAGUCUGGACCAUUUUCUCCUCACUGGAAUGGCAUAUGACCAUUACGAGGCCAUAUGUCACCCCCUCCACUACACCACCAUCAUGGACCCACAGCCCUGUACCCUGGUGGUUGCUGGAUCCUGGAUCUUCAGUUCUCUCCAUGCCCUGACACACCCCUUAUUGGUGGUUCGCUUAUCCUUCUGUACCAAUUGGGAAAUUCUUCACUUCUUCUGUGAACUUUACCAGAUCCUAAAGCUUUCCUGUUCUGGCAUUUGCAUCAGUGAUGUAAUCGUGUUUGUCUCUGUAGUAGUGAUUGGGAGGGAAGUUCCUCCUUUGGAUGAUGCAAAGAGUGGGUCGCUGGAGGACUCUUCCAAGAAUGAACAAUUAGUUCCCGAGAUGACCAAGCAGUCUGUCCAAGACCAUCCGAUGCAGGCUGUAUACACUAUCUUGCUGGUAUCACUUAUCCUGCAGCUUGUGGGCCCUAUACCCAAUGGACCAUUGGCCAACUGGUUGACUAUAGCCAAGCAUGACAGUGUCUGCUCCUGA